AUGGCGGACGGACUCAAUCAGGCCCGCGCAGUGCGAGUGGCCGAGCUGAUCAACGACUACCGAACCCUCCUGCUACACAUUUCCCAGCAGCAAGUCGAAGUCCCCGCACAAGACCGCUACGAAGAAGGCUUCGUCGUCCUCCAAGAAUGCCACACCGCCGCUCAGAGACUAGUAUCUGCCAAUUAUCACCCAUGCCCAGUAAACGGACAAGGCAACGCCGAGACCGAAAAGGCCGAACUACAGAGAGUCAUUAUCGACAGCAGUGCCCGCCGUUUUCAAGCACACAAGAUCUAUCUUCGCGCUGCCGCAGCCCGCAGAUGGGCCAUGACCCGCGCCAACAUCCUUCGUGGGCAGCAACCAACCCCAACGCACGCCACAGCUCUAAAGAGCGCCCAGACGGCAUUGCAGCAGGAGUUGGCGCGCGUCACUGAUCAGCAUGUCAUGGCUGACCUUCGAAACGCUGAUCUGCGGGCAGGUCACUGGCUCGACGAUGAUCCGUCCUUGGAAUUGAUCAAACGUUGGGUGCAGGGUAGGUAG